UCACGGCCGUGGCUACAACCGGGUGUUCGAAGUGUGACAGCCUCUCUGCGGCAGCCAUGGGGUCUGAGGAUCAUGGGGCCCAGAACCCGAGCUGUAAAAUCAUGACGUUUCGCCCAACCAUGGAAGAAUUUAAGGACUUCAACAAAUACGUGGCCUACAUCGAGUCCCAGGGAGCCCACCGGGCAGGCCUGGCCAAGAUCAUCCCCCCAAAGGAGUGGAAGCCCAGGCAGACGUACGAUGACAUCGACGACGUGGUCAUCCCGGCCCCCAUCCAGCAGGUGGUGACGGGCCAGUCAGGCCUCUUCACACAGUACAACAUCCAGAAAAAGGCCAUGACGGUCGGGGAGUACCGCCGCCUGGCCAACAGCGAGAAGUACUGUACCCCACGGCACCAGGACUUUGAUGACCUGGAACGCAAGUACUGGAAGAACCUCACCUUCGUCUCUCCCAUCUACGGGGCUGACAUCAGCGGCUCUUUGUACGAUGACGAUGUGGCCCAGUGGAACAUCGGGAGCCUGCGGACCAUCCUGGACAUGGUGGAGCGUGAGUGUGGCACCAUCAUCGAGGGCGUCAACACCCCCUAUCUGUACUUCGGCAUGUGGAAGACCACCUUCGCCUGGCACACGGAGGACAUGGACCUGUACAGCAUCAACUACCUGCACUUCGGGGAGCCCAAGUCCUGGUACGCCAUCCCGCCCGAGCACGGCAAGCGCCUGGAGCGGCUGGCCAUCGGGUUCUUCCCCGGGAGCUCCCAGGGCUGUGAUGCCUUCCUGCGGCACAAGAUGACCCUCAUCUCGCCCAUCAUCCUCAAGAAGUAUGGGAUCCCGUUCAGCCGGAUCACACAGGAGGCCGGGGAGUUCAUGAUCACAUUUCCCUAUGGCUACCAUGCUGGAUUCAAUCACGGGUUCAACUGUGCAGAAUCUACCAAUUUCGCCACUCUGCGGUGGAUUGAUUAUGGCAAGGUGGCCACUCAGUGCACGUGCCGGAAGGACAUGGUCAAGAUCUCCAUGGACGUGUUCGUGCGCAUCCUGCAGCCAGAGCGGUAUGAGCUGUGGAAGCAAGGCAAGGACCUGACGGUGCUCGACCAUACCCGGCCCACGGCCCUGAGCAGCCCAGAGCUGAGCACCUGGAGCGCCUCCCGGGCCUCACUCAAGGCCAAGCUCCUACGCAGGUCCCACCGGAAAAGGAGCCAGCCUAAGAAGCCCAAGCCGGAAGACCCCAAGUCGCCAGGGGAGGGGGCCACCGGGGCCACCCUCCUGGAGGAGCCUGGCGGCCUGAAGGAGGAGGCCUCGCAGGAGGCGGACGCCGAGGAAGAGGAGGAGGAGCCCCAGCCAGCGCCACCGCAGGGUCGGGAGGCUGAGGCCACAGAAGAGGACGGGAGGGGCAAGUUGCGGCCAGCCAAGGCCAAGAGUGACAGGAAGAAGAAGGGCUGUGGCCCUCCGCACCCCCACCACCCCCUCUUGCCCCAGCUGCCACCGCCCCCAUCCACCCAGUUCCCUGCCGAGGAGGCACCCAGGCUGCCGCCCCCGCUGGAGCCCCCGGUACUGGCCCCGGGCCCUGCGCCAGCUGAAGGGAACCCCCCACCACCACCUCUCAACGUCGUGCCCCCCGAGGCACCUGGCGAGGAGCCAGAGGUGAAGCCGCGCCCCAUCAUCCCCAUGCUGUAUGUGGUGCCACGGCCCGGCACGGGGUGUGACAAGGGCCGCGUGUCCUGCCAGCAGGCCUUUGAGCACUUUGCCCAGAGGGGCCCCACCUGGAAGGAACAGGCGGCCCCCAUGGAGCUGACGGGUCCUGAGGAGGAGAGCGGAGCCAGCGAGGUGCAGGUAGGGGAGCUGCCGGCGCCGCCCACGUUCUCCAAACUGAAGAUGGAGAUCAAGAAGAGCCGGCGUCACCCCCUGGGCAAGCCGCCCACCCGCUCCCCGCUGACUGUGGUCAAGCAGGAGGCCUCGAGUGACGAGGAAGCCUUCCCUUUCUCCGGGGAGGAGGACGUGAGUGACCCCGAGGCCUUGAGGUCUUUGCUCUCCCUGCAGUGGAAGAACAAGGCUGCCAGUUUCCAGGCCGAGAGGAAGUUCAACGCGGCGGCUGCCCUGACCGAGCCCUACUGCGCCAUCUGCACCCUAUUCUACCCUUACAGCCAGUCCCUACAGACCGAGAAGGAGGCUCCCCAGGCCUCCCUCGGGGAGGGUCCCUCAGCUGCUCCUCCUUCCAAAAGUGGCCAGAAGACACGGCCGCUGAUCCCCGAGAUGUGCUUCACCUCCAGCGGUGAGAACACGGAGCCCCUCCCCGCCAAUUCCUACAUCGGGGAUGACGGGACCAGCCUGCUGAUUGCCUGUGCCAAGUGCUGCCUGCAGGUGCACGCCAGUUGCUACGGCAUCCGCCCUGAGCUGGUCAAUGAGGGCUGGACGUGUUCCCGGUGCACGGCCCACGCCUGGACUGCGGAGUGCUGUCUCUGCAACCUCCGGGGAGGAGCCCUGCAGAUGACGACUGACCGGAGGUGGAUCCAUGUGAUCUGUGCCAUCGCCGUCCCCGAAGUGCGCUUCCUGAACGUGAUGGAGCGCCACCCCGUGGACAUCAGCGCCAUCCCCGAGCAGCGGUGGAAGCUGAAGUGCGUGUACUGCCGGAAACGGAUGAAGAAGGUGUCGGGAGCCUGCAUCCAGUGCUCCUGUGAGCACUGCUCCACGUCCUUCCAUGUGACUUGCGCCCACGCCGCCGGGGUCCUCAUGGAGCCGGACGACUGGCCCUACGUUGUGUCCAUCACCUGCUUCAAGCACAAGUCAGGGGGCCACACCGUCCAGUUCCUGAGGGCCGUGUCCUUGGGCCAGAUGGUCAUCACCAAGAACCGCAACGGCCUCUACUACCGGUGCCGGGUCAUCGGCACCAGCACGCAGACCUUCUACGAAGUGAACUUCGACGACGGGUCCUACAGCGACAACCUGUACCCGGAGAGCAUUACAAGUAGGGACUGUGUCCGGCUUGGACCCCCGCCCGAGGGGGAGUUUGUGGAGCUGCGGUGGGCGGAUGGCAGCCUCUACAAGGCCAGGUUCAUUUCCUCUGUGACGAGCCACGUCUACCAGGUGGAGUUUGAGGAUGGGUCCCAGCUGAUGGUGAAGCGUGGGGACAUCUUCACCCUGGACGAGGAACUCCCCAAGAGGGUCCGGUCGCGGCUGUCGCUCAGCACGGGGGCACCUCAGGAGAACACCUUCUCGGGGGAGGAGGUGAAGGCCGCCAAGCGCCCGCGGGUGGGCACCCCGCGCGCCCCCGAGGACUCAGGGCGGAACCCGGACUACCUAGCGUUCAUGGAGAGCCUCCUGCAGGCACAGUGCCGGCCCGGGGCCCCCUUCUAGGACAGCCGGCCGCCCGGCGACCCCUCGGCCCAGCAAGGCAGGCGGCGGCGGGCCCUGGCGUUUGCUUGCUGUGAAUCCUGUCCUCGCCUCCCCCGGCCCCGAGAGGCUACCUCCACGCGCGGCCGCCCCGCUCUGCGGCGACAGGAGCGAGCGGGACGCCGGCCCGCGGCCCGGACUCAGGGAGCAGGGCCAUGCGGGCUCUGGGGGGGCCGGCCGGGGACUCGCGCCACCCCCACGACUCAGAUUCGUAAACCAUGUCAGCUCUUCUUCUCGAAAAGGUGCUACUGCAUUGCCUGCUUCCUGAGCAGCCUUUGAGAUUGUGACUUCUGUACAUACAUCACCUUUGUGAGGCUCUUUCUAUAAAUACCUAUUGUUUAAAAAAAACACACACGAGAAAAAAAGGAAAACAGAGACCAGGAAAAAAAAAAAAUCCCCAAAGUUGUUUUCUAGAUUUGUGGCUUUAACAAUGAAACAAAACAAAACAAAAAUGUUCUUUUUCUCAGAACCGAGAUAUGCCGAGGGAGAUAAAAGCAUCUCGUUUUUUGUUUGUUUGUUUGUCGUUUUAAAACC